GGUGGGACCAAAUAAACAUGGACGCCUCCCCGCCGUUAGACGUGAAUAACAUGGAUGGAAGCACGAACCCUGCGGUGGAAACGGACGAGCGCUCGUCCAAGGAACACGAACGGAGAGCUGGCCAAGAAACGGACGACACUUUUAAAAAACCGGCCCCCUUCGCGGCGCCCUCCUUCGCCGCUAAACGCAGUAGCGUCGCGGCUGCGUCCAAAUCACCAGCGGCCGAGGCGAAACGCGUGAAAGAAAAUAAAGACGCCCAGGCCGUGGACCCCCCGAGCGAGGAGCCUCCAGGUCCCGUCAGUGAAAACAGAACCACGGAAACGGGUCUCGAAGAGGACGAGGACCAGAACGCGGCUCCUGUUAAGCCCAAACCGGAGGCUGAACCCAGGGUGCUUUCGGCUAAAGGGCCCCCGGUCGGUAAGUUCCCCCCGAUCCCAUACACGGAGCCUCCCUGGGGUGGCAAUGCCCCGGAUGUCCCCUAUGCUUUGGAAAUCCUUAAAAACGGCACCAUAGUGGACACGGUGCCCCUCGCGCACAAGAGUUACUUCGUGGUUGGACGUCUGCCCGUGUGUGACGUCGCUCUGGAGCAUCCCUCCAUCUCCAGAUACCACGCCACAAUUCAGUACCGCAGACAGGCCGGAGAGGGAGAGUCCGUCGGGGAGGAGAGAGGGUUUUACGUCCACGACCUGGGCAGCACGCACGGCACCGUGGUGAACAAGAACAAGGUCCCCCCGAACACCUACAUUCGGAUCCGUGUGGGACACGUCUUAAAGUUCGGCGGGAGCACGAGGCUUUUUAUCCUGCAGGGGCCAGAGUUUGACGAGGAAGAGGAGUCUGAGCUGACGGUGACAGAGCUGAGGGAGAAAGCCCGGAAACAGAAGGCAGAGCUGGAGAAGAGGAUGAUGGGAGACGGGUCUGAUAAUGACGACGAUGAUGAUGAUGAUAAUGGUGGUGAUAAGGAGGAGAAGGAGGGAGGCGAAAGCAGCAAGGGCCGGAGCAAACUGUCAAACGAAGAAUCGGGCUGCUCGUGGGGAAUGGAUGAGGAGGCCGCCCCGGAGGAGGACGAGAACGAGGAAAACCCUUUCUCGACGGAGUUCCAAGAGGACCAGGAAGCUGCCUACCUGAAAGACCCAAAGAAGGCUUUGCAGGGCUUCUACGACAGGGAAGGAGAGGAGCUUGAGUUUGAGUACGAAGACCAAAGCCACGGCACCUGGCUCUGCAGGAUAAAGCUUCCGGUGGACGAUGCCGCAGGCCGGCAGUUGGUCGCCGAGGCGACCCACACCGGGAAGAAGAAGGAUACAGCCGUCCAGUGCUGCCUGGAGGCAUGUCGAAUGCUGGAAGCCCGAGGGCUGCUCCGACAGGAAGCAGUGUCCCGCAAGCGAAAGCAGAAGAACUGGGAAGACGAGGACUACUACGACAGCGAUGACGAUACCUUCCUGGAUCGAACCGGCACCGUUGAGAGGAAGAGGACGGAGAGAAUGAAAAAGGCGGGGAAGGUCGACGAGCGGCCCAAGACCUACGAGUCACUGGUGGCCAAACUGUCGGAGGUGGAGUCGGAGUUGGCCGAGACUCAGAAAAAGCUCAGCGGCGGUCGGGGAGGCUCCUCCGGCUCCUCCGCCGAGGACCCGCUGGACGUCUUCAUGACCGCAGUGCAGAGCGAGGUGGCGAUGGACGCCGUGGAGCGCAGGAAGCUUCACGUGCACGUGGCCAGCCUGCGCAAGGAUGCGCAGAGUCUGCGCAAGCUGGUGGAGCUCACGCGGCCCGCCCGGAUGCCCUCGCUGCUGCCGAGUGGUAGCUCGGAGACAGAGAAGCCCAAAAAGACCUUACCGCUGUUUGGAGCCAUGAAGGGGGGAAGCAAAUUCAAGCUGAAGACCGGCACCAUUGGGAAGUUGCCACUGAAGCGCCCCGACUUACCCGCCGAGCUCUUCAACAUGAAAGAACUUGCGCCCAGUGGAAAAGAGGACGAGGACGAGGAGGAGGAGGACGAGGAGGAGGAGGAGGAGGAGGAGGAGGAGGAGGCAGCAGCAAAAGAAAACGAGGAUGACGAUAAAGAUUGUGUAAUCAUUACUGAGACUAACUCUGAGGAGUCCGGUGCGUCCAUGUCUGUAGAGAGCCCGACGUCAGGACGGCGGAGACGGCAACCAGCGCGCUCACAAGAGCCAAAAGAGCAAAGCCACAAACGGAGGGGAUGCGAGUCUGCUGAAGCUCUGGAGCAGGACCCCCGGCUCAAGGAUGUAGCCUCGUCAAGUCCAGAGUCCAAAGCGGAAGGCGACGGAGGGCUAGCAGCGGAGCCCCGGCCAAGAAAGAAUUUGAGGAAAGCGAUGGGCCCCAGCAGGCCACCACGGCAACUCUCGGGAAAGUAUCCAGAGGACGAUCCCGAUUAUUGCGUCUGGGUGCCCCCUACAGAUCAGACUGGAGAUGGACGCACACACCUGAACGACAAGUACGGCUACUGAGGGAAACCAUGAGAGAGAGAGAGAGAGAGAGAGAGAGCUUGUGUCUCCACUCCACCAGCUUUUCAUACCUCCUCAGCGCUGACCAUUAACCCUCUCUGCCGGUCCCGAUGUGUGCUUCAGCUUCAAAAAAAUCCCGCAAAAAUAAUUAUGAGCCUGUAACACAGACCAGAUAUUGUAGCGCUGCACCUUUACAUUAUCCUCUUUUUUUUUUUUUCAAGGGGGGGUUAUGCGUUUGCAUUCUCGGAAAACAAAAAGCACAGCGUUCUAAUUCACAUUAAACUGGCGAGCUCGGGGGAGCAGACACUGGGCAGUCAGCCCACUGGCACUUUUUACCCACGACAACAACAAUAGAGAUGUGCUGCUCUUGAAUUGUGUCCCCUUUUUUAAAAAAUAAAUAUAAUAAUAAUAAUUUUAAUUAUAUAUCAUCCAAGCAGAAAAUGGGAAGGGGACAGAGUAGGGGCAGUAACUGAUCUGAAUUCAGCUUUCCGGUCUCUGGCUGCUCCUGCUGCUGUUAAAUCCACCUGACAUCCAAUCCGCAUCCCUCCUCUUGUUUGGCUUCAGUCGAUCGCUGGCACAACCUUUUUAUUUCUUCAAAAGGAGUGUGUGUAGCAGAGAGGGAGAGCGUUGAAGCAGCUUUUCUGACCAUCUGGACACUUGGAUGGCUUACUGGAUGAAACGCAAGCUGAUAAUGACUCAAGCUAAGUGGAGUGUGUGUUUACACCUACACACACACACACACACACACACACACACGUAGGCCAACCUUCUCAAAGUUCUCUUUUUAAGGAGAUUGUCUUCACGGGUGAGUCAGCUAUUGGGGUGUUUGCCUAUAGCAGGAUUUCUCGCUCUGUGAAAUCCCACUCAGUGCUGUUCUGUUUGGUGUACCGCCACCCUCUCUCUCUCCGGUCGGGGAAGGUAAAUAAACUGUAUUUUGUUAUAUAAGUGUAAAAUAAAA